AUGAAUUCCAGAAAACUCCCCUCAGAAGCACGGAGAGCCUUCCCUGCUGCCAAGGCCCCCAGCCAGCAGCCAUCCCACAUCCUGGUGGUGGAUGCCACCUGCCCUGGCUGGGCCAGCACCUGCCCCGUGCUCUCUGAGGCUCUGGAGAACGUCCUGGUGCUGGCCUGCGGCCUGGCAGGGCCCUGCAGGGUGCCCCUGCUCAGCCUCUACGUGGUGCAGCCCCAGCAGGAGUGUCUGCUGCCCUUCACGCAAGUGAAAGAAAACUUUGCUCGAGUUCAGGCCUGCAUUUCAGAGCUCCGCUCGCUGCCAGCUGAAGGCUGCUUCCCCCAGGGAGGGAAUGGAGUGCUGCAAGCUGUGCAGGAUGGACUGCAGCAGUUCAAGCAGUACAGCAGGCACACAGCAGCAGGAGGCUCCACAAAUAGUUCUGUUGAGAUCACAAUUCUGACCAGCCAGCCCAGCAGAGACAUGGUAAAGCAGCUGGAAAAGAAGCUACAAGACAUAGACCUGGUCAGCCUGAGAAAAAUACAGGUCAUUGAGGUAGUGAAGAGAGAUUUCCUGGAGCCUGAGGAUGUGGAGCAGUGUGUGCCAGCAGAGGAGCUCAGCACUGAUAUGGCAAUCCUGGGAAUGGACAUCGAGGUGCAAACUGUAGAGGACAAUGUCAUCAGCCUGGAGAUGCUGUUUAAAACCUGGCUCCAUGACCAUGGCACAGAGAGGGAACAGCUCCAUCUCCUCCUUCCCUCAGGAGGUUUUGGCCACGCUGCUGCACCCAAGAACACCUUAAUGUGCCUGAAGUGUGAUUUGCAGGAGAGGCUGCUGGACCCAGCCCUGCUUUUGGGGACAUCUGAUGGCACUGGGAGAGCAGCAGAUGCCAGCUCUCCCUGGCACAUGGCAGCCUGGCCAUGCCCAGCUCUGCACAAACUCCGGGUGCUGAAGGCUCUGAAGGCUGAAGGGGUCUGUGAGUCUGUACUCUAUGGGCUGCCCUUCAUCAUCAAGCCCACAAGCUGCUGGCAGCUGGACUGGGAUGAACUGGAGACAAACCAGCACAGCUUCCAUGCUUUGUGUCACAGCCUCCUGAAAAGGAAGUGGAUGCUCUUGGCCAGGCAGGAGCCCCAGAGCACGGGACCAAACUGGAACGUGGUGGUGCACCCCUAUUAUGUCAUUGUCCCCUCUGACUCUGCCACUCUCCUGGUGAAAGCAGUGGCCAUCAGAGAGCUCCUGCUGCCAUCAGCCUUCCCAGCCCUCCUGGCUGAGCACCCCGAGCGUGUCAGGGGCCCCAUCGAGAGUGCCCUGAACAACUUGGAAGUGGAAGUUGCUUACAACCCCUUGCACCAGAAGAGCAACCUCUACAAAUACCUGAAGAGCUCCUUGUACAAACCUCCCCACCGGCAGCAGCCCCAGCCCCGGGAGCAGCGCCCGGAGCGCCACCAGCCCAGGCAGCCUCAGAGCAGAGCCAAAGCUGCAGUGGCUCCCCUGCUGAUGGCUCCCUCUCCCCUCCAAACGUUCAGACCAGCAGCAGCAGCAGCCAGGAGAGGCUCCUGUGAGGGCUCCCUGCUCCCCAAGGAGUACGAGGAGUUCCUGCAGUGA